AUGGCAAAGAAAGCGCUUUUGAUCGGAAUAAACUACCCUGGAACCGCCGUGGAGCUACGUGGCUGUGUCAACGACGUCCGCCGCAUGCAGAGAUGCCUCAUCGACCGUUACGGAUUCCCUAACAAGGACAUUAGGGUGCUGAUCGACACAGACAAAUCCAGCCUCCAACCCACCGGCAAGAACAUCCGCGACGCUCUCAAGAAACUCAUCGAUGAAGGGGAGUCCGGUGAUGUUCUGGUGUUUCAUUACAGUGGACAUGGCACGAGACUCCCAACAGAGCAAGGCAUAUUCGACGCAACAGAUUAUGACGAGUGUAUCACUCCUUGCGAUAUGAAUCUGAUCACGGACAAUGAGUUUAGAGACAUGGUGGCAGAGGUCAAAAAAGGAUGUCUUCUGACAAUAAUCUCGGACUCUUGUCAUAGUGGUGGUCUCAUAGAGGAAGCAAAAGAACAGAUCGGGGAGAGCUACGUGAAUAAGCGAAAAUCUAGGAUUGCUACUUUCUUCAUUAGCAUUGUAAGGAGUUUGCUAAAGCCUUGUGGAGUAUCCUCGAAUGAUUCUCAGAGAGGAAGUGAAGGAGGCCACGAUAGUUUCACUAGAGAGAGCGAGUUAGAGGACGGUGAGACGGUCAAUAUGAAAACAAGAUAUCUACCUCUAGAUAGCUACAUAAGUCUUCUCGAGGAACAAACCGGACAAACGGAUAUCAAACCUGAGAAAGUCAGACAAGCACUUGUCAAAGUGUUUGGCCAAGACUCGAGUCCGAAUUUUAUGCUCUCUAAUUCGAUGAAAAGAAAUGCUAACAGAGGAUUGCUAAGUAUGUUGAUAGGCAAGCAUGAGGUUAAUACAGAUGGUGCAGGAUCUGAAGUUAAAAGUAAGCAUCCCAACAACGGUAUUUUGUUAAGUGGGUGUCAAACAGAUCAAAGAUCAGAGGAUGUAUACGUGACAAGAACCGGAAAAGCAUAUGGAGCAUUCAGUGACGCGAUUCAGACUAUAUUGUUGGGGACGAGAAAAGAGAUAACGAACAAAGAGAUGGUUUUGAGAGCUAGAGAGAUUCUCAAGAAACAAAGGUUUAAUCAACGGCCAGGUUUGUAUUGUCAUGACCGUUAUCUUAAUAAACCAUUUAUUUGCUAA